UCCAGACCCGCGCUGACACUCCGCCUGUCGCCCUGACAAGCACCACACCACCAUGAAGAGGCAAAACGUGAGGACCCUCGCCCUAAUCAUCUGCACCUUCACCUACCUGAUAGUCGGCGCCGCGAUUUUUGACGCGUUGGAAUCCCAGGAGGAGACGACUCAGCGGAGGGAGGUGAACCGGACAAAAGAUGAGCUGCUCAAAACCUUCAACUUGUCCCUGGAGGACUUUGACGAGCUGGAGAAGGUGGUACUGCAGCUGAAGCCGCACAAAGCCGGGGUGCAGUGGCAAUUCGCCGGCUCGUUUUACUUCGCCAUCACUGUGAUCACAACCAUAGGAUAUGGCCAUGCAGCCCCCAGCACAGAUGGAGGGAAGGUGUUCUGCAUGCUCUACGCCCUCCUGGGCAUCCCUCUCACCUUGGUCAUGUUCCAGAGCGUUGGUGAGCGGAUCAACACCGUUGUCAGGUACCUGCUCCACCGCCUGAAGAAGUGCCUUGGCAUGAGGCGCACCGAGGUUUCCAUGGUCAACAUGGUGACCAUCGGCUUCAUAUCCUGCAUGAGCACUCUGUGCGUGGGAGCGCUGGCCUUCUCUCAUUUUGAGGGAUGGACCUUCUUUCACGCCUACUACUACUGCUUCAUCACGCUCACCACCAUCGGCUUCGGGGACUAUGUGGCGCUGCAGAAUGACCACGCUCUACAGAAGAAGCCACAAUACGUGGCCUUCAGCUUCAUCUACAUCCUGACAGGCUUGGCUGUGAUCGGAGCCUUCCUCAACUUAGCGGUCCUCCGCUUCAUGACCAUGAACGCUGAGGAUGAGAAGAGGGAUGCUGAGCAGAGGGCUCUACUCGCACAUAAUGGUCAGGCGGGCGGACACAUCCACUGCUCUGUAGACCCGGCCUCCUCCUCCUCCACGCCGUCUGGGUGUGGCGGAGGGAGCGCAGUUGGAGGUAGUGGGGGAGGAGCAGCGAGCCGGGGCCUACGUAACGUUUAUGCCGAGGUGCUCCACUUCCAGUCCAUGUGCUCCUGCCUUUGGUACAAGAGCAGAGAGAAGCUGCAGUACUCCAUACCCAUGAUCAUCCCACGAGAUCUCUCCACUUCGGACACCUACAUGGAGCAGGGAGAGGCUUUCUCCAACCCCCUCCACUCCAACGGCUGUGUGUGCAGCCUGCAGCGCCACUCGGGCAUCAGCUCGGUGUCUACUGGUCUGCACAGCAUCAGCAACUACAGAAGACUCAAUAAACGAAGAAGCUCCAUCUAGAAACCAGGAGAACUUCAUGCUUUAAGGUCAUGUCCCACUUGUGUGCACCAUGUGGUGAGGAGGAGCUCUGCUACUGCGCUCCUAAAUUAGCUGUGGACAUCAGGGGAACACAACUCCAGUCCGAAAGAGACGCAGCGCUCCUGAUGUUUGCUUCUUUAAGGCGCUGAAAAGAAUGGAGCUGCAAGCCAGACUCCAGCCAUGCAUUUAACUUCCAUUAGCUAAGCACAAACCAUUUAGGACUAACAUCAUUACUGAUGUCACUGAGAAAUAAUGCUAAUGGUAGUUUAAGGGGAAUUAAUUACACAAACUCUGAAACUGUUGCUGUUAGAAGACAGGGAAAUUAAAAUAUGUGCAGCUCUUUCUGCACCUCUGAAUUCUAAUAUUAUUAUACUGUAAUGAUAUUGAAUUCAGUAUUUUCUUUGUUCAUAUGACAGAAAAUAUCUUCUAAUAAGAAAAGGGACAAAGUACACUGUGAGCAAUGUUUUUAAGAGGGAGUGGGGUGUAUAAACUGUAAAUAAUGCCCCACUGAGAAAAUACAAACCUUAUUUUAUUGAAUAAUCUUAAAUCCACUUUUUCCAAAAAGAACUUUCCAAAAGGAAUCUUUGGUUGUAUGUAUUAUACUCACUUCAGUGAAAUUAAAAAAUGUAUAUAUUUGGACACUUCACUUGUAGGUGUUAUUGAGGGAAAGCCUAUUUUUUCAAGUUUUCAGAAAUAAUCUCAUUGUCUUCUCCUGUGUGUCUGUAACUGAAGUUCAGGUUCAAGACAAACUUUUCUGAUGUGCUUCAUCUAUUUUCCUUCCAUGAGAAAACUCACAUUUAGAGGCAUUUAACUGACAGUUUUGAUCGAGAGUGAUUGCGCAGGUAUGGCUUAAAUGACUCACUGAAGGACUUUAACCACUAGGCCUCCCUGCCGCCCCUCUCAGACCUCACUGUCGUAUUUUGUACAAAUCACUAUGAAUUUCUUUUUCAUAGUUUCUUCCUGUGCAUCAAACUAUUUUAUGUACUUGUUGCUCGUCAUAUGUUUUCAUAUAGCACAACUAUAUUCUACUAUAGUUUAAACUAGAGCAUGUAAGCUCACUUUGUGCAUAGUAGAAAAUCAUAUCUUAUUCACUGCUGCACCUUAGAAGAUUGUUGUAUUAUGCUUUAGGACACUGGAAUUCAGUGCACAAUUUUAUUUCAUUUUUUUUAUGGAAUCACAUUUAUGUUUUGUUAUGUAAAUGAUAUGCCCUAAUUAAUUCUGUCUUGUGUUAUCAGUCUGAGUUGUUUGAUUCCAUUCUCUGUGUUACUGAUGACUGAGAAUAAUAGCAACACACCUCACUAAUAAAUGGCCUCAGAGUUUGCACCUCAUGCACUUACAGGGUUUUUGCUCCGGCCCCAAGUAACACACUUGAUUCAGCCAACUGAGGUCUUUAUGCAGUGUUCAUUUUGUGUUAGACCUCUGACGGAGUUUUCUUGCAUAAUCUUUAUUUUAUUUUAUUUUUGUAGUUUUGCUUUACAAUGUCUCGAUAUUUUAGUCUUAUCACAUUCACAGUCACAUUUUCAUCUUUUUUUUCUACUGGAAGAUACUUCUUAACUGCAAUAUACCCAUUAACAAUGUUCAGCAUCUCUCAGUAACUGAGUGAAGGACAUGUGUGUGUGGCUAUAC